AUGUCUUCACAACUAUUUGACCGUCCAAAACAUGAACUUUCCAAAGCAGAAUUGGAGGAAUUAGAAGAGUUUGAGUUUAAGCAUGGUCCAAUGUCCCUCAUAAAUGAUGCCAUGAUAACGAAAAUACCUGUUAUUAUCUCAUUAAGAAAUAAUCAUAAAAUAAUAGCAAGGGUAAAAGCCUUUGAUAGACAUUGCAAUAUGGUUCUGGAAAAUGUCAAGGAGCUUUGGACAGAGAAAAAGGGCAAAAGUGUAAUAAAUCGUGAAAGAUUUAUAAGCAAGUUGUUUUUAAGAGGUGAUUCGGUCAUUGUUGUGUUGAAGACCCCUGUUGAGUAA